GACAGUGCGGGUCGGAGACGCCGGGGCUGCAGAGAAUGAAGGCUGACACCGCGGAUGCCCACUGCCCAGACCUGCUGCAGACGCCAGCACCCGACCAGGAGCCACCCCUAGGCCAGAAACCCCUCGCGUACCGCGCAAGCUUCUUGGUCGCCAUUCCCGGCACUCCUUACUCCUCCCAGCCUAACUGCCGGAAGUUGUUAAACCCCCCACUUCCGGUCCGUUCAAACGCCUGGCGCGUCUGGGGAGACGGUUGCGGCCGCGGCUCCGGCUGCGACUGAGGUGGCGGCGGUAGCGCCUCAUGGAUCCCGAGAGGGAGAGGACCGGGAGGCACCUCAAGAAGGGCAGGAAGAGGAGGCGGACCCGGAACACGCUGGUCGGGGCUGCUGAGGCGCGGAGAGCCCGUUGGAAUCUGGAGGAGAGGCAGCCUGAGGCCAAGAAAGCCCGCUUAUCUACCGUUUUAUUUGCUGAAAACUGUGAAGUAACCCACGAUCAGUUAUGUGAAUUGCUGAAGUAUGCAGUUCUGGGCAAAUCCAGUGUUCCUAAACCCAGCUGGUGCCAGCUUUUUCACCAAAACCAUCUGAACAACGUGGUGGUUUUUGUACUGCAGGGAAUGAGCCAGCUACACUUUUACAGGUUCUAUUUGGAAUUUGGAUUUCUCCGAAAGGCAUUCAGACACAAAUUCCGCUUGCCACCACCAUCAUCUAAUUUCCUAGCUGAUAUCACUGGACUGCAAAAGAAACAAAUAACGGGGGAUCUAUCCAAGAUGGUGGAAGGGUCUUUACCUUCUGCCAGUUCAAAAGUCAGCAUCAACCUGCAGAAUGACCCUAUUAUUCAAAAGUAUGGCUCUAAGAAAGUGGGCUUAACCAGAUGCCUUCUCACAAAGGAGGAAAUGAAAACAUUUCACUUUCCAUUACAAGGUUUUCCUGACUGUGAAAACUUUGUACCUACCAAAUGUAAUGGUUCUGUAACAGACAACAGUCCUCUCUUUGGACUUGACUGUGAAAUGUGCCUCACAUCCAAGGGGAGAGAGCUAACACGCAUCUCACUGGUUGCUGAAGGAGGCUGCUGUGUUAUGGAUGAACUCGUUAAACCUGACAACAAGAUUCUGGACUACCUUACCAGCUUUUCAGGAAUCACAAAGAAGAUUCUUAACCCAGUGACAACCAAACUCAAAGAUGUACAGAGACAUUUAAAAGCACUGCUUCCUCCUGAUGCUGUGUUAGUGGGCCAUUCCUUAGACUUGGAUCUCAGAGCACUGAAAAUGAUACAUCCAUAUGUUAUUGAUACAUCAUUGCUUUAUGUCAGAGAGCAGGGCAGAAGAUUUAAGCUAAAGUUCUUAGCCAAAGCUGUUUUGGGGAAAGAUAUUCAGUGUCCAGAUAGGCUUGGUCAUGAUGCCACAGAAGAUGCUAGAACCACCCUUGAAUUGGCUCGGUAUUUCCUUAAGUAUGGCCCAAGGAAGAUUGCAGAACUAAAUCUGGAGGCACUAGCUAGUCACCAAGAAUUGUUAGCAGCAGACCAAGAGCUGAGAAAUACAGCAGAAAUAGUUUAUCAGCCAAACACAAGUGUUUUAGAAUGCUUGGACUUAAUGGGUCAGAAGCUCCUUUUCUUGACGCAGGAAGCAGAAACUAGUGAACUUUGUUCUGCCAGAAACUGUCAAACUAUUAAGUGCCUUUCAAAUAAAGAGGUUCUUGAGCAGGCCAGAGUGGAAAUCCCUCUGUUUCCCUUCAGCAUCGUCCAGUUCUCUUUUGAACCCUUUUCACCCAGCCUCACCGAGGAGAUGAACAAGAGGAUGAGAAUCAAGUGGACAGAGAUGUCGACUAUUUAUGCUGGGCCAUUUAGCAAAACUUGCAACCUCAGGGCUCUGAAAAGGCUGUUUAAGAGCUUUGGCCCAAUCCGGUCAAUGACUCUUGUUCUUGAAACCCAUCAGCCACAUCUCUGUAUACAGUAUGAAGUCCUGGAAGCUGCCCAGCUGGCCAUAGAAUCCUUGGAUGGCAUUCUGGUAGAAGGUGCCUGCAUUAAGGUGCAGAGGCCUGUGACAGAGCUCACCCUUGAUUGUAACACUCUUGUGAAUGAGCUAGAACAAGAUUCUGAGAACCGAGGUACUAUAUACCUGUCUGGAGUGAGCGAAACCUUUAAAGAACACCUACUGCAGCAGUCCAACCUCUUCCUUGGCCUGGAAGCUGUCAUCUUGCCUAAAGAUCUUAAAAGUGGGAAGCAAAAAAGAUACUGUUUCCUGAAAUUCAAAACUUUUGGCAGUGCCCAAAGAGCCCUCAACAUUCUCAAAGGCAAGGACUGGAAGCUGAAGGGCCGGCAUGCCCUAACCCCCAGGCAUCUCCAUGCUUGGCUCAGGGGCUUACCUCCUGAAUCAAGAAGGCCCCCAGGGGUUCGUGUCAUACCUCCCCCCUCCGAGCAGCAGGCCUUACAGGCUCUGAAGGUGGACCACCCAAAGAUAGCAGCCUGGCGCUGGGGCCGGAAGAUAGGAAAGCUCUACCACAGCCUGGGGCCAGGCACCCUCUGCCUCAUCUUGCUGCCAGGAACCAAGAGCACUCACGGAUCAUUCUCUGGCCUAGGACUGAUGGGAAUAAAAGAUGAAGAGGAAAGCACCACCCCAAACAUGUGUUCGUGAGUCUGCCCAUCAUUUUCCAUGUGCUGUUUCUUAUCCCUCGUGGGCAGUGGCAGAGAAUGUGGUCAGGCUGCAAAGUUCGGUGCAUUUAUAUGGCAUGUAUGCAUGUUCAAUAAAUGUGUAAGAUUUAAGCA